UCAAAAUCUCUCCCUUCUCUCUCUCCUCUCUCUCUCUCUAGCCAAGUAAAGAUCAUCUCAAUAUCUAAACAAUGGUAGGGAAAAACAGCUCAGACCUCCCUCCUGGUUUUAGGUUUCACCCAACUGAUGAGGAGCUAAUCAUGUAUUACCUCAGAAACCAGACCACUUCUAGGCCAUGCCCUGUUUCAAUCAUCCCAGAAAUUGAUAUCUACAAGUUUGAUCCCUGGGAAUUGCCGGAGAAGGCAGGAUUCGGGGAAAACGAAUGGUACUUCUUCAGCCCACGAGACCGGAAGUACCCGAACGGGGCCCGGCCCAAUAGGGCGGCGGUAUCGGGUUAUUGGAAGGCCACCGGAACAGACAAGUCCAUUCACAGUGGAUCCAAGUAUGUGGGGGUGAAGAAGGCUCUUGUGUUUUACAAGGGGAAGCCACCGAAGGGUAUUAAGACAGAUUGGAUUAUGCAUGAGUAUCGGAUAAUGAGUGAUUCAACUAGGCAAAUUAGCAGGCAAAAUGGGUCAAUGAGGUUGGAUGAUUGGGUCCUAUGUAGGAUCUACAAAAAGAAAAGCAUGGGAAGAACAGAGGAGCAAAGAGUCGAAGAAUCAUGUGCCCAAACAGAGCCUACAAAUGAUGCAACAGUUGACUCACAAACACUAAAAAUUCCGAGGAAUUUCUCACUCUCUCGCCUAUGGGAAUUGGAUUGCUUGGGCUCACUUCCUCAGCUGUUGAACGACAAUUCUUACAACUCAUCAGCGUACGACAAUUACCAGAACAUCGCGGGCGUCUCCGAAAACGGCCCCGGCGCGAUCCAGAAAUUCCAGUUUGGUGAAGUGCCGUUCCAUUACAUGGAUUCAGUGAAGUUCGAAGCUAACCACAACGAACAGCCCAUUUUUGUGAAUCCAGUGUUCCAAUUCGAAUGAUGCUACUUGCUUAGGAUUUUUAUCAUAUAAAAAUUUAAUAAUGUUUAAUCGAGUUUGUUAAUUAGGCUUGAUUGGGUACGACAAUUGUUACAAAAAUGUAAAAAAGUCUUUUUAAGUUCAAUGAAAGCAAAUAGGAGUAUUUUACA